CGCCGUUCGUCUUCGAUUACAGGACAUCAGUUAUAAUUUGAGGAUCCAUGAAAUCAGGCUGCCUCUGCGAUGUGUAUAAAUCGAAUUGUUGUCUUACUGAAUACGACGAUAGAGAGCUUUUGAUCCGGAGUUGAAUGAUGGAGCUUGAAAACGUGGAGUCAGAUCUUAGAUCCCUGAGAAGGUUAUAUGGGCUCCUCGAACCGAACACGGUUGAUGCAUAUAGAUCGGAGACAUGUUCGUUGGACCAGGACACUCAGAUGCUGUUGAAGCAUUUGCUCGAUACUGCUACUGAGGAGCUCUUCGAGAGACAAUCAAAGAUACUUGCAAUAGCACAAUUAAGUUUGUUAGAGACAGCUCCAUCAAGAGCGGACCAGAGCAAGGGUUUGCAGAAGUUGAAGCCAUUGUAUACACGAAAUGUAUCGAAUUCAUGGAGUCGUAGAAGAAACUCAAACAACGACUGGAACUAUAGACCAUCAUAUGAUAAAGAAUUCUCAGAAGAACCAAUGCCUGUGAUGGCAUCCGCAGAGUCAUCUCAGAUGAGUCUUCCCUCAAACACAUCAGAGAUCGGCCGUAGAGUCCCACGAGGACAACCGAGUUUUAAGCAGCAAAUUGACAGUAUGAGUUCCAAUGGAGGCAGCAAUGCUCAAGUAUGUCGGAUUGGGGAGUCUGAUCCUUUUGUUUUACGCAACGGAUCUAUUAGCAGACCACUGCAGGCAAAAGAAAAGCACGAGGGAAUGAUGGGAAAUAACGUUACGACGAGCCAAACAGGAAACCGUCAGCUUCAACGCAACGAGAGCAACGCAAGUUCAGUUGCUCGCUCCUCAAGAUUCGGGGUAUCUCGAGGUGUCAAGUUGCCUUGUCAGGAACAGAGUAGUAACCUUGAUUAUAAUUUGACAGAGGAAGUGGCUGAUGCAGUUGAGAGGAUUGAGACCCAAAUCUCAGCUUUGCGGCUAUGUUCACGUCGUGUGGAAUCUGAGAACGACAAUGCCCUUAGAAGAUGGAUGUGUAAACCACCUAGCUCGGUAGCCACAACGGAAGAAAACUCGUCCGUAAAGCAUUGGCCAUUGUAUGAUGACUACAAUGACACACCCGCACACAUAACAAACCAGAAGGAAGGGACCGAACACAGAAAGAUCAUCCAGACUUCAGUGUCCAGCUUAAAGAGCAGUAACAUGCCGGUUAGUCAGCGGAUGAUGGGUCAGCCAGAGAGAAACUUGCAGGCAUCGUCGCCUAGUUGGAGAACUGCUUAUGGUAGUGUGAGAGCUGUGGAGAAGGCAGUUGAGUCUCCCACAGUGCCAGUCCCGAUCCAUCACGACGAUCGAAUGAUGCCUCUUUCUCUCCAUAAUCAGUUUGUUCCUGCAGAAUCUUCGGUGACGACGAGGUUCAAAUCUCGGCCGCCCUUACCACCUCGUUCUGUUGGGUUGAGAAGGUCGAGUCAGAGCAACAGACUGGCACACAGGACGAGUAUAAGACCGACAUUGUUGGAUCAAGAAGCUGAUUCCUGGGACGAGGAACCAACAGAACCACGGGAAAGAAAGAGUAGGGGGACAGAAGAUGAACUCGUUUCGGAUGAGCAGGAUUCGGAGGAGACAACAUCGUAUAAGAACACGAGUUCGAGCUCUGGCUCCACCUGGACGAGUCAGACAGAGAACGCCACUGAAACAAACACCGAGUCUCACUCAUCAUCGGUACCGAGUGCCGAGUCAGAAUAUCAUCAAGACAGCUCAGAGGAGACGAACUAUUCAUAUAGAUCGAGGAAAAGCGCAGUAGGGAGAUUCAAGAGGUUCAAGAACAAACUAGGACUGAUCUUCCACCAUCAUCAUCAUCACCAUCACCACCACCAUCAUAACCAGAAACCAUCAUCAUCCGCAUGGAAGAAACUGCAAAAGACGAUUCACCGCAAACACAAUCGGAAGGCAGAGAUCAGAAGAGGAGGAGGUGGUGUAAUGACAAGGCGUAAACGCCAAGUGGGCCAUUUUCAUGCGCUAGUGGAAGGGAUGAUGAAACACGUGAUGAACUCAAAGAAACCGAAGCGGUCCACGAAACUGGAGAUCCGUAGAAGAAAGUUGCAUUGGUGGCAGAUGUUUAAGAAGCGUCAAGGUCGUGUGAAGUUGCCGAAAAGACGCGCUCAGGUUCGAACACGUUGAGAAAAACCUGUGGUUGUGUACGGACACGGAGAUCGGUAAUGUCUUCCCGUUUGGAACGCGGUCUUGCAAUCGCCGAAAUCGCGAUUGCGUUUUACAGCAGCAACACUUGGAUAUAUUUGAUUUGAUACGCUAUUGAGUAGGCAAAAAUACAUCCGGUUGCAUUUAUUAUGCGGUAUGAUUCAUGAAAUUGCGAUU